GGCCGCCGCCGCUCCCCCCGCGCCCCCCGCAUGUCGCUGGCGUCGCGCCCCGCGCCCCCACAGCCGCCCGCCGCCGCCCUCCGCCGCAGCCGCCGCCCUUGAUGUGGUUCGGGGCCGGGCGGGGGAGAAGAUGCCGCCGUCCAAGUCCCGCAAGAUCGCGAUCCUGGGCUACCGGAGCGUGGGAAAAUCUUCACUGACGAUCCAGUUUGUGGAAGGACAGUUUGUUGAUUCAUAUGAUCCAACCAUAGAGAACACUUUUACAAAACUGAUCACAGUGAAUGGCCAAGAAUAUCAUCUUCAGCUGGUUGACACUGCUGGCCAGGAUGAAUACUCCAUAUUUCCUCAGACGUACUCCAUAGACAUCAAUGGCUACAUUCUUGUUUAUUCAGUCACAUCAAUAAAAAGUUUUGAAGUGAUAAAAGUUAUCCAUGGCAAGUUAUUGGAUAUGGUGGGAAAAGUCCAAAUACCCAUUAUGCUGGUUGGAAAUAAAAAAGACCUGCAUAUGGAACGGGUGAUCAGCUAUGAAGAAGGGAAAGCUUUAGCAGAAUCCUGGAAUGCAGCUUUCUUGGAAUCUUCUGCUAAAGAAAAUCAGACUGCCGUUGAUGUUUUUAAGAGGAUAAUUUUGGAGGCAGAAAAAAUCGAUGGGGCAGCUUCACAAGGGAAGUCUUCAUGCUCAGUAAUGUAAUUCCACUGCAGAACCUGAAAACACUGGGAAUACAUUCUACCUGAAGAAGCAAAACUGCCCAUUAUCUUUAAGGAUAAACUAUGCUUCUUUUUUUUGUUUGUUUUUCCUUUUUUUUUUUUUCAAUUUUUUUUUCUUCUGUUAACCUGAAAGAUAAACAGUUGGUUUGGAGCCUUUCCCUUCAGAUUAUGUUAAACUCUGACUCCUGUGCAAAUGGCUUCACUUCCAUCUUCAAAUUUUAAGCAAUCAUAUUUUCAAUUUAUAUAUUGUAUUUCUUAAUAUUAUGACCAAGAAUUUUACUGGCAUUAAUUUUUCAGUGUAGUUUGUUGGUUAGAAUAAUCAUCAAAAUGAUGCAUAUUGUUACACUACUAUUAACUAGGCUUGGAUAUCAGUGUUUCUUUGUGUUAAAUGUAUACUUGUAAAUAAAAUAGCUGCAAACCUUAAA